AUGCUGCUGAACCCUGUCGCCUCCACCCCCUUCUCGGUCAAUGACAUCCUGAGGCUGGAGCGAGAGCAGAUUGAUUCCGAGUCCUUGCAACUCCGGGGGACACGGAGGAUCCCUGAAAGCUUUCAGUGUCUGCGAUUGGUUCCAGAACCGCGAAAGGCAGAGGUUCCCAGCACCUGCAGGGCCGGCGGCGGCGACAGCGGCAGAAGGCAGGACGAGUCGGGGUCUCCUGGUGGUCCCUGUGAGACAGUCACGGACAUGGACGCAGAACGGGUCGGGGAGCCAGAGCCGGGCCUUAGCGCAGCCCCGCCCCUCCACGGCGGGACCAGGGGGCCGGAGCGCUGCGUUGGCGACGUUGGCAUCGGCACGCGCGGGGACAGCACCGAGCAGCCCAAGGCGCGGCAGCGGCGGAAGCCGCGCGUGCUUUUUUCGCAGGCGCAGGUGCUGGCGCUGGAGCGGCGCUUCAAGCAGCAGCGGUACCUGUCAGCGCCCGAGCGCGAGCACCUGGCCGGCGCGCUGCAGCUCACGCCUACGCAGGUCAAGAUCUGGUUCCAGAACCGGCGCUACAAGUGCAAGAGACAGCGCCAGGACAAGUCCCUAGAACUGGCGGGCCACCCGCUAGCGCCGCGCCGGGUGGCGGUGCCCGUGCUUGUGCGGGAUGGCAAGCCCUGCCUGGGCCCCGGCGCGCCGGCCUUUUCCGGCCCCUACAGCGCGGCCGCGGCGCCCUAUUCCUGUUACGGCGGCUACGCGGGCGCUCCUUUCGGCGCCGGCUACGGUGGUGGCUACGCUGGUGCGCCCCCGGGUCCCGUGCCGCCCGCACCUCUGGCCCGCGCAGGCUUCGCUGUGGGUGGCCCCAGCGCCAGCCCGCAGAGUCCUCUGCCCGCCGCGCUGCAGGGUGUCAGGGCCUGGUGA